CUUAUCAGGCUGUUUGGUUCCAGAGGAACGCUGUGCUUCUCCGGCCUCAGCUCUGACCUUUAACCCCUCCCAUCUGAAAGAGUUGGACCUGAGCUACAAUCAUCCAGGAGACUCAGGAGUGAAGCUGCUGUCGGCUGGACUGAAGGAUCCAGACUGGAGACUGGAAGCUCUCAGGGUGGAGCCUGCUGGAGGCCCAUUCUUGACACCAGGUCUGAGGAAGUAUUCCUGUCAACUCACCAUCGACACAAACACAGUGAGCAGAAACCUCAAACUGUCUGAAGACAACAGGAAGGUGACACUUGUGGAGGAGCUUCAGUCAUAUCCUGAUCAUCCAGACAGAUUUGAUCUUCCUCAGCUGCUGUGUAGAACUGGUCUGACUGGUCGCUGUUACUGGGAGGUCGAGUGGAGAGGAGGAGUUUAUAUAUCAGUGAGUUACAGAAGAAUCAGGAGGAAAGGAAACAGUAGAGACUGUGUGUUUGGAUGUAAUGAUCAUUCCUGGAGUCUGAGAUGCUCUGAUGAUGGUUACUCCGUCUGUCACAAUAACAGACGAACUCAUCUCUCCUCCUCCUCCGUCUCUAACAGAGUAUCAGUGUAUGUGGACUGUCCUGCUGGCAUUCUGUCCUUCUACAGAGUCUCCUCUGACUCACUGAUCCUCCUCCACACCUUCAACACCACAUUCACUGAACCUCUGAUUCCUGGAUUCUGGUUCUGGUCCAGUUCUGGUUCUUCAGUGUUUCUUUGCUGAUUUGAGUCUAAAGAUUUUCCUCCUGUCAGAGAAACUCUCUCACUGUUGAACAGAUAGUUCAUCUCUACAAUCUAUUUCUUGGUGAAACUUUUCUGAUUGAGUCCUUGGAAACUUUUUCUUCUUCCAGUCCUUUAAAGAUGGAAGCUGGAAUUAUUCCAGGAUUAUUCCAGGAUUAUUCCAGGAUCCUCAUGUUUUCCUGUUUGUUUCCAGUCAAAGCUUCACAUUGAAUUUCAAGAUGU